AACCGUAACUUAGUCAGAACCCUUACCUCCUCCACCAGAAGAAUGUCUUCCAAGUUAGAAUCCGUUAGAACCUACGACGCCCCACCUCCAGCUGCCUCCUACUCCCAGGCCAUCAAGGCUAAUGGUUUUGUCUACGUUUCAGGCCAAAUCCCAUACACCUCUGAGAACAAGCCGUUGCCCGAAGGGUCCUCUACCAUCGACGAAGCUGAAAGAGUCAUUCAAAACGUCAAGGCUGUUUUGGAAGCCUCCAACUCUGGUUUGGAGUACAUCGUCAAAAAUACCGUGUUUUUGACUGAUAUGGCCCAAUUCGCUGAGUUCAACCAGGUUUACUCAAAGUACUUUUCCGACCACAAGCCCGCAAGAUCAUGUGUAGCCGUCAAACAGUUACCUUUGGGCUGCUUGUUGGAAAUGGAAGCCAUUGCUGUUGAAAAGGACAGUUCCAAGUUGUAGGUAAAAUAUACAGACACUUUC